GACUCAUAUGGAGUUCUGAAAAAGGAGAGUUAGAAACAAAAGAUGACUUUUUUCUUCACUAACUCCAGAGGUCAGAGUGAGGUGAAGAUGGAUGACCAACUGACCAACACUGAUGGGUUCUAAAAUAUAAGAGAUGUUCCAAGAAGCAGAACUGAAAGAUAAAAAGAACACAGACCUUGCAUGGGCCUAGAUAUCUCUUCAUAGGCAAAGGAGUGAGAUAUUUUAUCUGAAAAUGAAAACAAUAAUUCUUUUGGGGCUACUGGGAGCCACAAUGUCAGCUCCGCUUAUCCCACAGCGAAUUUUGUCUGCAAGCAACAGCAACGAGUUACUUCUGAAUCUUAAUAAUGCUCAACUUCAGGCACUACAGCUCCAGAGCCCAUUUAAUUCAUGGAUUCCUCCUUUCUCUGGGAUUCUACAACAGCAAGCUCAAAUUCCAGGGCUUGCCCCAUUCUCUUUAUCAACACUAGACCAGUUUGCUAGACUGCUCCCAAAUCAGAUACCUUUCCCAAGACAGGCCAGUUUUCCCCAGGGAAACCAAGUGGGACAACUGGACCCCUCACAGCCUCAAACACCAGUGCAGACCCAACAGGGCCCUAACCACCAGGCAAUGCCUUAUGUGUUCUCCUUUAAAAUGCCUCAAGAGCAAGCACAGAUGUUUCAGUACUAUCCGGUUUACAUGCUCCUGCCCUGGGAACAGCCUCAGCAAACCGUCCCACAGCCGCCUCCACAAACGGGACAGCAGAAAUUUGAGGAGCAGAUGCCAUUCUAUACUGAAUUUGGAAAUAUUCCACAACAAGCAGAGCCUGUUAUACCAGGAGGACAGCAGCAACUAGCCUUCGACACCUUCCUAGGCACAGCUCUUGAACCCGCUGUGAUGCCAGAAGGAGGAGUGAUACCAUAUUUACAAAAAGAAAUAAUAAAUUUUAGGCAUGCCAGUGGAGGAAUUUUCACUCCUUCGACUUCACAAAAACCCAGCACAACAAAUAUUUUUGCUUCUGCUAUAGAUCCAACUAGUACCCCAGAGCUCAUGGAAGAGAAGGCCAAGACUGGUAGCCUAAAGGAACCAUAAGAUGUUGUCCUAAUUAUGCAGAGGUUUUGGAAAGAAGACAUGACAAUGCCUCAAAUAUCAUUUUAGGCUAUUUGCUUCCUCACUGCUAAUAUCAGCUCUUUGAUAUAUGCAAAACAUCUUCGCUCUUCUCUGAAUUUCUUUUUACUUAUCAUUUUGCACUCUUUAGAAAAGUCACAGAAAACUAAUACAAUUAUUUAAUAAGUCAUGUCUUUAUAAAAUUAUAUUUCUUUUCAAAUAUUCUGCCAUUGCAUAAUCUGUAAUGUAACAAUUAGAGUAAAACUAAUAUCACUGAAUAAACUACAUAAUGGCAUUCAUAAGAGGUGGUUCUGGUAAAUGGUAUACUUGAUGAGAAUAAAGAUAAGCUGACAUUGGAA